AUGGCUUCAACACAUCCAGCGACCGCCACGGAGCCUAAGUCGGUUGUAGAAGGCUCCGAUAGAUCACAGUCACUACUCGAGGAGGAGAAAUUCGAGCAUGACCAACCGGUCGAAGCGACAGCCGAUGCUGAGGCGGACGUGACUCCUGCCAAACAAGAGGCAGGGCCACCUCAAGGAGGGCCGCCAGGAGGUCUACCAGGCGGUCCACCACCUAAUGGAGGCUUACAGGCAUGGCUGCAAGUGCUGGGGGCCUGGUCGUUGUUCUUCAAUACUUGGGGACUGCUUAACACAUUUGGGUUAGGUGUUUACCAAACAUACUACGAGUCCGGGGCCCUAUUCCAGGCCAAUUCUUCAGACAUAUCAUGGAUUGGAUCUGUUCAAUCUUUGAUGGUGCUGCUCACCGGUGCAGUCGUGGGACCGUUCUUCGACAGAGGAUACUUCCGCUACCUCCUCGUCAUCGGUACCAUCUUGGUCGUCUUCGGCCACAUGAUGCUAAGUCUGGUCGACAGCCUCUGGCAAGCUAUCCUGGCUCAAGGCUUCUGCGUCGGUAUUGGCGCCGGUAUGCUUUUCGUCCCUGCCGUGGCAAUCAUGCCGUCUUACUUCAGCACCAAACUCGGCAUGGCGAUCGGUAUUGCUGCGUCUGGGAGUUCGAUGGGUGGUAUCAUUUACCCGAUCAUGUUCUACAAGCUCAUUGCGGAAGUGGGAUUCGGCUGGAGUGUUCGUAUCCUUGGGUUCACGAUCUUGGCCACACUCAUGGUGCCCAUCUUUUGCAUGAAGAUGCGUUUCAAGCCUGGCAGAGUCCGCGCUAUGUUCGACCCGACAGCUUUUACCGACGGACCUUUCAUCUUCUGUGUUGUCUCCAUCUUGAUCGGCUUCAUUGGGCUCUAUGUCGGCAUCUUUUACUACUCGUUCUUCGGCCAAAGCACUCGCAUCACGAACGACAGCAUGUCCUUUUAUCUUGUACCGAUCCUCAACGCUGGCUCUGUACUGGGCCGUACAUUGCCCAACAUCUUGGCAGACAAGAUAGGACCAAUUAAUGUCAUUGCUCCAGGUGGCAUCAUGGUCGGCAUCGUACUGCUUUGCAACAUCGCCGUCCACAAUCUCGCCGGCAUCAUCGUCAGCGUCCUGUUCUUCGGCUUCUUCAGCGGCAUCUUCAUCGCUCUCCCACCCGUCCUUUUCGUCCAGCUCACGAAGGACAAGUCCAAGAUCGGCACUCGUAUCGGUAUGGGUUUCGCCUUGAUUGGCUUCGGUGUGCUCGCUGGAGGCCCGGGCGGCGGUGGCAUUCUUCAGCGUAAAGGUCCGGACGACCUAGACUGGUCGGGCGUCUGGACUUACGGCGGUGUCUGUGCUAUCAUUGCCGGGUUGAUGUUCGUUGUGCUCAGGUUUUGGAGAGUGGGGGCGAAGAUCAUGGUCAAGGUAUAA